AUAAAAACAGAAAAAAAAAGAGUCUAAAGCUGAAGCUGCUUUUCUAUUUUUAACAAAUAUAUUUCAGAAUUGAAAAUUUGUUUUUUUAUAUUUCAAGAAUCUCACACUCCUCUUUGCUACCAGAAGCUCCAUUGUUCUUCGUCAUUUCGUCACGAUUUCAUCAUCUGUGAAAUUUGUUAAUCUGUUAGUGGUUUAGUUACCAAAGGAUAUAUAGAUCUACUACCAGUGUGGAUUUUGGUUGUAGUUAGGGUUUUGUUUAGUGGGAUGGUAGGGAAAGAGGAUGAGUGUGGUGGAGAUGGUGGUAACUGUGACGGUGGUGGUGGCGGUGGGAGUGAUGGUUCGCGGUUGAAUAAUUUGAUUUCUGGUAAUAGGAAGAUGUAUUGGCGGUCAGCUUCGUGGUCUUCGUCUCAUGUGUCAUUGCCACCGCUUGUUCCUGAUGGUGUGAAAGACGGUGGAGAUGUUGAUGGUAGUAAUGGUGGUUUGAGUCGAAGGCGUCCGGCUCCGUUGACUCCUAGAUCGAAUAGUAAAGGCCGGUCGUGUUUGCCGCCGUUAGCGAUUGCUAGAAGAAGCUUGGAUGAGUGGCCGAGAGCUGGUUCGGAUGAUAUUGGUGAGUGGCCAAUUCCGAGCACGCCUAGUGGAAGAGAUAUGAACAGUAACGGUGAAAGGCUAAAGCUCGAUUUGUCAUCGAUUCAAAGAAUUCCGGAGAGAAAUCCAGGUCUUGUUAGAAGAGAUAAGAUUGCGUUUUUCGAUAAAGAGUGUUCGAAAGUUGCUGAACAUAUCUUUCUCGGUGGUGAUGCAGUUGCAAAAGAUAAAGAAAUACUUAAACAACAUAAAAUCACUCAUAUUCUUAACUGUGUAGGUUUUGUCUGCCCUGAAUAUUUCAAAGGAAAUUUUGUUUAUCGAACUUUAUGGUUACAAGAUAGCCCUUCAGAAGAUAUCACAAGUAUACUAUAUGAUGUUUUUGAUUACUUUGAAGAUGUUAGAGAUCAAGGUGGAAAAGUCUUUGUACAUUGUUGUCAAGGGGUAUCUCGGUCAACUUCAUUGGUAAUUGCUUAUCGUAUGUGGAGAGAAGGUCAAAGCUUCGAUGAUGCUUUUCAAUACGUAAAAGCAGCCCGAGAAAUCGCUGAUCCUAAUAUGGGAUUUGCAUGUCAAUUGUUACAAUGCCAAAAAAGGGUUCAUGCAUUUCCUUUAAGUCCGAGUUCAUUACUUAGAUUAUAUAGAAUCGCACCUCACUCUUCAUACGACCCGUUACAUCUUGUUCCCAAAAUGUUAAACGUUCCUUCUCCAGGUGCUCUUGAUUCUAGAGGUGCGUUCAUUUUGCAUAUACCUUCAACAAUCUUCAUAUGGGUCGGUAAGAAAUGUGAAUCUUUAAUGGAACGAGAUGCAAGAGGUGCUGUUUGUCAGAUUGUUCGCUAUGAAAAAGUUCAGGGGCCGAUUGUUGUAGUGAAAGAAGGGGAAGAACCAUCAUACUUUUGGGAUGCGUUUUCUAGUCUUUUACCUUUAAUGGAUAAAUCCGGUAAUGUAAUGGAUAUUGGUAAGUUUUCUAAGGUCAACCCAGGUGAGAGAAUAGUUGACUCGUACAGCGUUGAUUACGAGAUUAUUCAAAAAGCAAUUGUUGGCGGGUUUGUGCCCGCGUUUGCAUCAUCUGAAACCGAUCAAGAAACUCAUCUUCCCGCUAGAGAAAACAGUUGGAGCGUAUUGAGACGGAAAUUCGCAUCGGGUAAUAUGAAGGAAUUUGUCUUAGCUUCUAAAUCUGCUCCAUCUAGAGUCUAUCCCGAUUCAGUGCUUUUAAGUUCAGAGAAUCAUACUAAUUUUUCAUCUAAACCAUCGUUGUCAUCAUCGUCAUCAUUGUCACCAUCAUUUUCAUCGGCUUCUUCUCCCGAUUCUAUAUCGUCCGAUUCAACGAUUAGCUCCAAAUGUUAUUCAGAUUCUCCCGUUGCAUCUCCGUCAGUAUCGUCACACACUCACGCUUUAUCUUCAACCAUAUCCACUCUGUCGAAUUUGUCACUUGUUCCAACUAAACUCUCUCCUCACUCCAUAUCUAAAAGCUCUGAGUUUAUCGAUGUAAAUUUCGCCUCAACAAACUCAUGUUCACAGUCGGUCUUAUCACCGUCAAAAAGGUCUUCACUUUCCAUUGCUGAACGCAGAGGUGGCACUCCUAAAUGUCUUAAACUACCAAUGCUGAGUGAUGACUCACAGGGUCAAGAUGCUUGCAUCGUCAUUGAACCUAAUAACGACAUUGUAUUAGAACUGAAAGAAACGGGACUGAAUCAAGAACCCGUGAAGCGAGAAAUUGUGGUACUUGAGUGGCCUACUUUGGAUAAGAUUAUGGGAUUAUGUAGUGGAGGUAUGGAUUCCAGUCGAAUGUUCGUUUUUGUUGUUGCUAAUUCAGGUUCGGAAAAAGAUGGAGAUUCUGUCGUGUAUAUAUGGGUGGGAAAAGCGUUCAGGCAUGAUAGCUGGGAUCUUGUUGAUACAAACAAAAGAGUUGCCGAUUUACCGGAUUUUUUCAUGAAGGAAGCUAUUAAGAAGGUUCUCUCAGAAGCGGGAUUGUCAAAGGACACUCACAUUAAGGUUGUGAAGCAAGAUGAAGAACCUUCAGAAUUCGUUGCAAUUCUGAAUUCUUUGUAGCUCCCCGGUGUAGCUAUCAGAUGUGGUGCAGCAUUCCCUAACUCCCCUGUUUCUGAUUUCUGUUGUUCUGACAACGUUUCAGUGAAAGAUGCUGGAAGAAAUGGUGAGAAUGUAUCAAGGAUUCAGUUGCAAACUCGCAAAGCAUUUUAGACGCGUGUGUGGCACCUCUUGUCUUCUAACCUUUUAGACACAUUGGCUGUAUAUUUCUUUGUUUUAACAGUUUCGUAUAACCCUUAAUUUAUGGAAUAGAUUCACUCAAAUAUCAGUUUAAAUAUCAACUAUUAUACAUUCUGAUG